CGCGAGUCUCUCUGCGCUGGGUUCCCGAGCCUGCGUUCGAGAAUACUGAUACCAUUGUACUGUCAGUGGGGAAAUGGUAUGUCGAUCUGCGGAUGGAUAAACGUACGGGGAAAAUCGAUUGGGCGAUUGCGGGAGAGAGGAUAGUGGAGAGUGAUGAACCGGCCAAAGUCCUAUUCACACACGAACUCGACUAACACGGCGAAUUCUCGUCUUCUGACCUGGGGACGUUCUCCAAGUUACCUAACGGUGACGAUCUGGAGACGGGCAGCAUGCCUCGUCCAGACGUACCAGGUGCGCCUGUCACUGAGUAUGAGGAAGUAUGGCGCGAACUGCAGUCCCGCGAAACCCCUGAAGACGGGUCUGAUACCGACAAACCUCAAGCUUGGAUCCUGGAGUCUGUUGAUGAAGAGGACGAUGGUGAUGAAGUUGAAGAGAAGCGUCUCGUCAAGGAUUUCCUUGGACGGAUUGCAAAUACGUAUGUUGCUUUGCGGCAGGAACAGAUACAUAGGUGGGGAAUAGGCCAGGAUGGGAAGAGAAAAGUGACGAAGAGCGGAGGUCCGGUGAUGGCGAGGAGAGAGGAAUGGACUAAAGGUGAAGAUGGCGGUUCUGGGAAGUGGAGGGUAAUGUAUGUGGUUGGAGAUGAGGGAGAUCAGCUGCCAGCGCUGAGUAUGCAGGCGGAUGGCAAGUUUCAAGGAGAAGGCGGUGAUGAUUGGAAAAAGGAAGGUUGUAUUGUGGACGUGAACGGGCAGAAAUAUAAAGUACGGGCUUUUGAGUAUGGUCGGAGGGUUUCAGAGACUUCUUGACGUACUACUGAGGUCCUUGCUACGGUAUAGGAUGGUAUUAGCAUAAAUAUAUAUUGCUGCAUAUGGAGACAUAUAUGUAUAUAUAAGCGAGAGAAAAGGGCAAAAGCACCCAGAGACGUGACAGAAACCAAGACAUUCAACUCUUCCAUAGGUCAUAAACUCCUUAUGUCG